AUGGCGGCGCCGCCGCCGCCCCAGGCCGGGCCGCCUCAAGGGCCACCCUCAGCGGCCGCGGGACCGGGGCCGGCGGCGGGGCCCGGGCCGGGACCGGGGCCGCCCCCCGGGGCCACGCAGGGCCCCGCGCUGCCCGCGCAGGCGGCGGCGACGCAGGCGCAGGAUUUUGAUCCCGUGCAGCGCUUCCGGCUCCUCCUGCCGCAGCUGAAGGAGAGCCUGCAGUCCAUCCCAGUGCCCCCCCAGUCCAUCCCAGUCUCACCAGUUUCCCGCAGGAAGAGCGCAGACGGGGCCUUGCAGCGCUUUGACAAGAGCCUGGAGGAGUUCUACGCCCUGUGUGACCAGCUGGAGCUGUGUCUGCGCCUGGCCCACGAGUGCCUGUCUCAGAGCUUCGACAGCGCCAAGCACGCCCCGGCGCUGGUGCCCGCGGCCCCGAAGGGCGAGGGGGGUCCCGGGGGGGAGGCGCUGCCCUACACGCAGUACCUGCCGCUGAUCAAGGCGCAGAUCGCGGGCGCCAAGGACAUCCACAACGCCCUGCUGGAGGGCACCAACAAGAUCACCGGCAAGCUGCCCCCGCCGGGGGGGCCCUGAGGGGGCGGGGAGACCCCCGGGACACCCCCGAAAUGGGGCGGGGAGAUCCCCGGGACACCCCAAAAAUGGGGCGGGGGAGAUCACCGGGACACCCCAAAAAUGGGGCGGGGGGAGAUCCCCGGGACACCCCCGAAAUGGGGCGGGGGAGAUCCCCGGGACACCCCCGAAAUGGGGCGGGGGAGAUCCCCGGGACACCCCGAAAUGGGGCGGGGAGACCCCCGGGACACCCCCGAAAUGGGGCGGGGGAGAUCCCCGGG